AAUAAAUAAAAAAAAAAUAAGUGAAAUUUUGUUCAUAUUUACUGUUGUGCUAAUCAUUAGUGCUAUAAAAAAAACUAUAAUUUUCAAAAAAAUAAUAACAAAAAAUUAAAUAAAUUUAAAUAACAAAGAAAGUUUCUUUAAGAAAACCAAAAACUACGAGUAUAAUCAACAUAUGUUUAACAGUUUUUAUAUGAUCUAAAAACACCCUACACCACACUAUGGGCAAUACAAUUACUAAUCGUGGUAAAUCACGAAAUUCCUCCAGCUAUACACCUUCCAUAUUCAAUAAAAGUUCACUACAACGUCAACGCAAAUCGGCUAAACAUCAAGACUAUGAGCUACGUUCAAAAACACUACCGGCACGCAAUCGCAAUAUAUUAAAUGAUGACACAGAAAAUGAUUUACAAACCUCAACAGCUAAAACUUUACCCACACAUAAACCACAAUUGCAAUCAACACCACCCACGCCUCCACCACCAAAUGGCGAAACAUCAAGAGUACUAUUUUUGCUAUAUUUAAUACAUCGUACUUGGAAUGUUAUUACCGAUAACAAGAGUAAAAGUUCACAUGGCAAAGUUUCUAAGAAACCCUCAAAUCAUGAUUCAUUUUAUGAAACUGAAAGUAAUUUUUCAUUAUCCAUGACCGAGUUGUAUGGUGCUGGUGGUUCACAGUGUUGUUCUCAGCGCUCGGUUUGCAGUUGUAGUUCGUGCUAUAAUGAUACUACGGUUGAUCAGAAUGUUUAUAAUUCAAUAGAUGAGCAGUUUUCUCAAGACUCUAUUAGUGAGAAAAUGGAUUGUGAUAUUAAAAGGAGAAAUCUAAUUUAA